AUGUCCAAUACCAAUAAUAACAAUAAUGAAUUAAUUUCACAUAAAGCCGUUGGAAUACCCUUAAUUCUCUCAAACAUUUUCGUAUAUAUUGCGCUAGAAAAAGACGUACUCUCCUGUUCUCUUGUAAACCGUUGGUGGAAUCAGCUUGCCACCGAACGUCUAUGGUACAAAUUUCGCGGACUAGCCAACGAUUCAAGAACCAGGUCUUUUAGAAAAUUCCUAAAUGUAUUACGUAAAUCACGCCAAGGAAAGUGUCUUCAUCGAUAUGAAAGAUACGUGAGAGUGCUAGACUUGGAACGUCUCAAAUUUGAUCAUGAGAUGUUACUGGAAACACUUCAGUGUUGCCCACGACUAGAAUUAAUUAUACUGCCAGUCAGGAGAUUUGACGGCGUAAUGUUUGGACAGAUCGUUGAACUUAUGCCAAAUAUUAAAGUCAUGAAGUUGAAUGGUUCUUCUGUUUAUGAUGGUAAUGCCUUGGAGGCAUUGGCAAAGAAUUGCCCGAAUUUGGAAGAAUUGUCGUUGAAAAAGGAUAUCGAGUGUUAUGGGGAAGUAGUCGUUGAGAUAAUGAAAAAUUGUCCACGCAUAUCACGACUAAUUAUCGAGCAAAAAUCAUACGAGGACGACAUAAUGAAGCAAAUACUCUUGCAUUGCCCGAAAAUAAGCACCUUUAUCCUUGAUCAAUGCAUCAACAUUUCUGAGAAUUUGCUACUCACCAUCUACAACUAUUUAUCAACUGAUUUUUUAUUGGAGACUGCACGAUUCUUCGACAACGCACUGAAACUUUCAAUCCAAAAAGUGGAUAAACCGCUUGAGAGUCGCGUCGAAGCGAGUCAUGAAAAAAUUGAAGUUAAUUUG